AAAAAUGGAUGAUGAAUUAGAAGACAAAAUAAUUUACCAGACAUAUUUAUCCCACAUGAAGCUGAUGUCAAAAAUUGCUGUUGGAGGGCUAUUACCUGCUGGGAUUAAUGCACCAUUGGUUUAUUUUUGGAAACUGAUGCGUUAUUAUGCUCUCAGACCCGAAAUUGUCUUGUGUGGCGCAAUUAUAUUCAUUAUUAUUUAUUACCUUCAAGCGGUUGAUACUUGGAGUCGGAGUUUAAUUAACAAGUUUCAUUAUACCGUCUACAAAACUAAUUCUAAGGUAUCCAAGCUACAGUAUCUGGUUAAUCAUGUCAAUGCUGGUGAUAAAAUCAGCUGGGAACUCGAGCAGAACAAUGUCGCAGUUUAUGCAGUUCAAGGUCACAGAGAUCAUAUGGAGGACCGGUUUAUAGUUAAUAGUGAUAUUAACAGGACUGGAGUGUCAGUUUUUGCUGUUUUUGAUGGUCAUGGUGGUGAGUUCGCAGCGGACUAUGCCCGCGAUAAAUUAAUUCCAAACAUAAACAGCAAAGUGAUAGAGCUAAAGAACAUAAUCUCCGGGAAAGAAACAGUCCCAGUAGUAAAAAUCGAUGAACCGCAAGAAAAUGACGAAAAAUCAGAGAAAAAAGAAGACCAGUGGAGCAUGCGAAGAAAGUCCUUUAAAAAAACAGUCAGCGCUUCUCACACCGACGACUGCAUGGAGAACAAGACAAUAACAGACCCGGAGCUGCUGGGCAAGUUGGAGAGCUUACCUCGUGCAAUAACCCGCGAAGUCAAGCCCGGGUUGAGGAGUGCAAAGAAACUCCAACCUGUUGACAUCACUAGCUACCUCGAAAUAGACACCAAUAAUAACAAUAGCAGUAAUAGUAGCAGCAGUGAUGGUAAAAAGAAAAUAAACUACCAGAAAUUACUUACAGACGAGGUUCUGGCUGCUGAUUACUUACUGAUAGACGCCGCAAAAAAGAGGCUAGAUGUCGCUGGGUCAACGGCGCUUAUCGUAGUCCUGGAUGACAAUAAACUGAUCGUGGCUAAUGUCGGGGACUCCAGAGGGGUCAUGUGUGACAGCAAAGGCAAUGCGAUUCCUCUGUCAUUCGACCACAAGCCUCAGCAACAGCGCGAGAGGCAGAGGAUCAACAAGGCUGGAGGACUUGUGACCUUCAACGGUGUCUGGAGGGUCGCUGGGAUCUUGGCCACGUCCAGGGCCCUCGGGGAUUACCCGCUGAAGGACAAGAAGUAUGUCAUAGCCGAUCCGGAUAUUCUGACCUUCGAUCUCGAUGACCACGAUCCUAUGUUUUUGAUCCUGGCUUCCGAUGGGCUCUGGGAUACUUUUAGUAAUGAGGAAGCUGUCGCUUUUAUUAAGCAGCGACUUGACGAACCUUUUUAUGGGGCUAAGAGUAUUACGCUUCAAAGUUAUUACAGAGGUUCUUUGGACAAUAUCACAGUGAUUAUUAUUAAUUUCAAGGACAGAAAGUCUAGCAUAUAUGAACAAAAAAAAAGUAUAUGAUAAUAGUUAUUUAUUUUGUUGAAUAAU